UCUAGCAUGUAUUUUGUUAUAGGUUUGUAGUUUAACAGUUUUAUAGAUAUUGGCAUUGCAAUUUAUUUUCUUAUAGAUUGUACUGUAAUGUGUUAGAAUUAAUAUGGUAUAUUUGACCCAGCAUUUGGGUAGAAUAUAUAACUAAUAUAUGUAUUAAGACAACCCAUAAUUGUAGUUAAUUUGACCCAGCAUUUGGGUAGAAUAUAACUAAUAUAUGUAGUUAAGACAACCCAUAAUUAUAGUUAAUUUGACCCAGCAUUUGGGUAGAUUAUUUUAACUCAUCUGGUGGGUUAAAAUGGACAACCCAUCUUGCUGGGUCAAAAUAACUACUGAUGGGCUGGUGCAAUAGUGACCCAGUGAUUGGGUUAAAAACAAAGCAAAUUGGGUUAUUUUAACCCAUCAUUUUUUAGUGUGUAGAACCAGCAUGGUCACUGAGCAGGUGAUUUUGUUAGCCAUUGUCAUUUUUCACACACAUUACAAAUGGGAAAUCAAAAACCCACUAAACGAAGAGUACAAGUGUCCAUUAUCACUGAUCCUCAUAUUACGCCAAAGAUGAACAUUGACCUUGUCUCCAACUUGUAGCAACAAGAUAGCACUGUUAGAGGCAGAGAGUGGGUGAUUUGGACUACUGCCGUACCAUGACACUUGGUGGUUUCCAUUGUGGUACAGACUACCACCACAUUCCUCACUGCCUCCCCAGCAGAAAGAAGUAAAUGUGAAAUAGAAGACUCCUCUCGCUGGCGCUGUAAAGUAACCUGCAUUUAACAAGCACAAAUAAAACAAAGCCGAAGUUGUAUUGAAAUGAAUUUGUUAGUUGUGAAAUAACAGUUACCAGUGAAGACAUAGCAUUACGGUACAGUGAAUACUGACCUGUAUGUUGGUUGUAAUGUCCUCCAACAUUGGACAGAACACGUUUGUACACCAGAGGGUGAAGAACAUUUACAGGACCAAUGGUUCCAUCUAAUGGCUGUGCAACAGAAAAUGCAACCUUGGACUGGCCUGAAAAAUGUUUAAAAAAAAACAACACAUGAACAAUUCUAGCCCUUCACUGAUUUUGACCAGUAUCAGACCAAUCUACUAUCAGCUCAGCCCAAGUAGUAGACCAAUAAUGGACACACAAAGCACUUUCAUGUUUAUCAAGAGAAUGAAUUCAACACUGCCUGUUCUUCAGAUUUUAAAAACAUAGAGUCUGUGCUCAUUGUGGAAUAAUUUAGUAUGGUAAAUUGAAUUACCUUGAUCCACUUUGGUUAGUUCAGUAACUGUCUUGUUUAGAGCAAAGAGAUUCUUCUCACUAGCCUCCAACUUUUUGUUGGUUUCCUCCAAUGCUCUCACUGUAGCUGAAAGCCUCUCUCGCAGAGCCCCCAGCUCCAUCAGUACCGAGUAGAUGGGUGGUUCACAGCUUUGGUUGACCGUUGUUGCACUCUUUGUCAAACCACUGUUGUCCUCUACCUUGGUGUCUGCUAGGUCCUCAUGUGUCAGGUCAUACAUGUGGAUCUCAUUGCCUUCACCUUUAGCCUGGCCUUCAGACAGACCUGCGAGCAAAUACAAAAGCAUCACAAUUGAUAGUCUCAUCAUUCUUAACCUUUGAGGCUUCAGCAUAUCUAAGACGGUGUGCCAACCAUGAACAGAGCUCGUUAUUUAUAAGAAAGCCCAGGUUAAUUAUUGUCCGUGCUUCAAGGAUAGUCUGUGUUGAACAAACACAGGUACAACAACAACAACAUAAAGUGAUAAUAUAUAGUGAUAAAGCACUGUAAUAAACUGUAUCUUGUUUUUGUUUGGCCUGCUGGCAGUUGUUUUAUGUUUGGCACUCAGUGAGACCAAACUUUAUCAAGGCCACUCAGUUUCCAACAGAAUCAGUACACUCCCAAAUCCAGAUCUGAAUCGCCACUAAAAUCUAAUCCUUUCUUCCUUGUGCCAUAACCUAAAGUAUCCAGAAAAUGUCAUCCAAAUCCAUUGCUGUUUAAGGUUUUGCUGCACACAGACAAACAAGAAAGCAAGUUAAAAUCCAUCUGCAAUUGCAUUUGUUGUCCUCUACCUUGGCAGGUCCUGGUCUACCAGGUCCUCACGGGUCAGCUCAGUGAUGUGGAACUGAUGUGGAACAUGACUUCACCUUCAGUCUGGCAUUCAGACAGACCUGCAAGUCUGUUGUCCUUUACGGUCCGCAUAUAUUCAUGGCAGAGCAAUAUGAUCGCCCGUAAAGUAAGGACCUUGUCUUCCCUAAAGAACACGUAAAAAGGUUAUUCUAAGGCUAAUUUGACCAAAUGUUCAUUUCAUUUUGAAAUCAUCUUUACAUCUUGAUAGCAACAACAAAACAAAGAUACACCCACCAUCUCAUUCGUUUAGGAUUAAAAGUUUGGAAUCCCUACUUUCCUGUACAACUUUAGCUGGUUUGUGUUGCUGUACACCUUUAACCACUCUUCAGUCAAAGUGGUAAAACUAGAUUCUUAGGUGGUACAUUUUAAUCUGGCUCCUUUAUUUCAUUUCACGUGUGAGGCGUUUUAUCUCCAUUUGUUUUCUUGAUAAACUUAACCAAGGAGCUUGUGCCAAGGUGCAACUGAUACUUAAUGUCUGUGGCCCAGUAGCUAUAAAUAGCUACUUGUUUGUGCAGUGAGUAAAGUUGUGUGGGGGGGAAAGAUAGGAUUUGAAGGAGAGAGAAAGAUUAUGAAAGGCAGAAAUAACAAAUGUGAAAAUAUGUAAUGAAUUCAAGGCAAAGGUAUAAGGGUUUUAACAGAUCAGCUAUCACCAGUGCCACAGAACUGUAAGUAGUAAAUCAAAGGGAAACUUAAGUUCUAGUUACUGACAUGGAGUUUACCAGGCGUUACUUGCCAAUGGAAUGGGAAGAGCGAUGGAGGAAAGAAAAGGAAAGGAGGAGAAGACUGACUGAAGAAGAAGGAAUAGAGCAGGACAACCGGGAGCUGAGGUGGAUUGUUGCUUACAAUGACUCCAGGAUGGGCCUUUUGAGUAGUAGGGGUAAGAAAGAAGAGACAGAGGUCCAAAUGAGUAGCAUGCAAGGAAUCACGCCGCAUACGAGUGAGGAAACAUUUGAGGAGAAAGAACACGUUGAUGAUAUCCAUGUUUACCACAGCGAAACAUCUUCUAAACAGAUAGUUAAGGCCCUGAAGGAACUCUGGGAUUCAUCUCUUCUCACAGACCUGACUCUGACCACUGACGACGGGAGUAGCUUCCAUGUGCAUUCCAUUAUCCUCGCUUCUAUCAGCUCCUUCAUCCUGGAGAAACUUGGGGAGAAAAAUGGAGAACAAUCACAAGGGGAUAAGGAUAUACAAAUAUAUGGGUGGUCACUUUCCCUGGGACCUGAGGUGGAUCGUGUCGGGAUUCAGGCAAUUGUGGGGUUUGCUUACAAAGGGGUUAUAUUUUCCUUAAACGAGAACAACAUGGCUCCGAUCAAGGCUGCAGCUCAACUACUGGGGGUCCCUAGACUGCUGGAUCUCUGCAACAAAGAGGAAAGGAUGAAGAAAAAUGGAACUACCGAGAUGGAAGAGAAAAAUAUUUCUGCUUUAGAAGAGAUGAAGAUAACUCUUAAGUCUGUUGAGCAACUGUGGGCAGACAGAGUGGGAUGUGAUGUGAUUUUGGAUGUGGAUGGCACUUUAUUUCAUGUUCACAAAGUUAUCCUGGCAGCAAACAGUGACUACUUCCGUAGCAUGUUCACCUGUGGAAUGAAGGAAUCCCUUCAGGUCUGUGUUUCCCUUCCAUUCCUGUUAGCAUCUGAAUUAGAGGCACUUAUCGACUACUCAUAUGGUGGGAACCUCUUACUCAACUGGAACUGUGUCUUUGAGAUUACCUGCACUGCCAUGCAGCUUCAGUUCCAACCGGCCCUCUCACUUUGCCUCGACUUCAUGCGUCAGGAAAUGGAAGCAAGAUCGUGCCUGGACAUUGCGUCUUUUGCUGAAGCGUAUGGGAUACCGGCACUCCUUGAAGAAGCUAAUGACUUUGUACUGAGGAACUUCUGGGAAGUGUCAUCCACAGAGAAGUUUCAAGACCUACCAACAGAGAAGCUUAUGGAUUUCCUCCGCUGUGAUGGUCUGUGUGUGCCCUCAGAGUUGGCUGUAUUUCGAGCUGUAAUCUCAUGGAUUGAAUCUGAUCCUGAGAAGAGAUUGGACCAGGCUGGCCAAUUGAUGACUGCAGUCCGGUUUCCCCUCAUGACAUUUCGAGAGUUCAGAGAGGUUAGGGCUAUUAACCUGCGACUGGAGUGCUUUGGAAACAAAGAUGUUGAACUCUAUAGUUCAGCACUGAAAGAAUUUGGUUUUAGCUUUUCACAAACCCUGGAUCAGUGGAGAAUCAGGCGACCCAAGGAUGCUCUGGUUCUGGUCGGGGGAGAUCAGCUGAAUCAAGAUAUGGGUCAGCAUAUACCAAGCAGGGAACUUUGGUUUGCAAACUCCCUACGCAGUGGUACAGGGUUGGUGAAGGAUAUCGAAUGGAGGAGUCUUGGGGAAAUGCCAGGCAGGCCUAGGUUCAGGCAUGGAGUUGCAGCAAUGGAUGGAAGGUUAUAUGUGUUUGGAGGAUGUCACUUCUAUGCCAAGGAUGACAUAAUGAAAUCUGCAUACAGUUAUGACCCAGUGCCGAACAGCUGGAAGAGACUGGCUGACAUGCAGGAGUUAAGAAGCAACUUCUCUGUCGUGGCACAUGGUGGCCGUUUCUACGCUAUUGGUGGAGAUAAAGAAAUCAACACCAACGUAGAUAGUGUUGAGAUGUACAACCCAGACACUGAUUCCUGGAGCUUUGUCAAGCCCCUAGACCAGACUCUGAGUGGGUUUGCUGCCACUGCUGUAGAUGGGAGAAUCUUCAUUUCCGGAGGUUUCGACUGUAAGUAUGUGUGUCUUGUUUCCAUGUUCCUGUACCACCCAGAGAGGGGAACCACUUACCUGGCGGACAUGGCCCAUGACCGGGCCCAGCAUUGCAUGGAGGCCCUGCGUGGCCACCUUUACGUCAGUGGUGGAGUAUGCAACCUCAGGACAUAUUACACUGAUCAACAAGCCUGUGAGGUUUAUGAUCCUGUGACUGAUAUCUGGACUGCUUUUGCUUCACUCCCUGUGCCCCAUGUGGGCGCAGCCUCAGCCAUCCUGGAAGAAAAGAUCUACAUAUUGGGUGGAUAUUGCCAGGAGGAUUACAGUGAGUCUGGAUUGGUCCACAGGUUUGAUACCAGCACACAGCGAUGGCAGACCAUGGGCAAACUUCCUUCAGCUGUUACUGACAUUAGGGCAUGUCUGCUCCGACUGCCUGAACACUUCAGGAACUAAGGCUACAUGCUCCUGCUCCAGAUACAUCUGCCAUCCACACUAUUAAGACAAAGAUGGCAGUAGUGUGGAUGGGCAAAAACUAAGACUUCCUGAUUGGCUCUUAUUGGCCUCAACCCAACUAUUAGCUGUAAACAAAAAGCUCAGUGCAGACUCACUUCGAGUUUCAGUUCCACGUCAGAGAGGUGGUAAUGAGAGCCUACCAGGAAGUGAAUGUGGGUAAGUGCUUCAUCCUUUUCAAAAGACUUAGUUUUUCCCCAUCCAGACGACUGAUUUCUUUGUCUUUGGAGCUUGGGGUAGUGUGGAUUGCAGAUGUAUCUGGUUCUCAAACUGUGGUACGUGAGCUUCCUUUGGUGGUACUUUAAAUCAGAAAUGCUGUUCUGCUGUAUAUACCAGGGUAUGUGAUCGGAGCAGAGCUGAGGAAUUUUGACCGGAGUGCAUAGAAAAUAAUACAAAUAAUAAUAAUUAGAGUCACCUUAUCUUUGGCUCCAUCUUAAUCUAAUAUUACUAUACCAGUGUGUGAAGAGUGCUAGGAAGAGGAGGAUGAGGAGUGAGCAAGUUAUCAUAUAUUUUAAGGUUGGUGAUAAUGGUGUUACUUCAAGAGCUCAAUAUAGGUUUGUGUGCUACUGUCAUAGAACAAGUCCUCAAUAAUAACAGUAUACACUGACCUGUCAUUUGUGUAGAUGAAUAGGAUGCCUAAUAAAGUGGCAGGAGUGUACAUUUGACAUUUUCAAAGAAGGUCUUCUUCAUACUUUGGUUGCAACGCACGCUCAUUUGAGUUCCUGUUGACUUUCUAUCACCUCAAAUCAAUUUGUUGCUGCUCACUGUUUUUUCCCCCCUCUAUUUCACACCAUUAUCUGUGAACCCUAGGUCAUGGUUAGGCGUGAAUAUCGCAGUAGAUCAGCAGUUUCCAAGCUUGUCACUUAACUCACCUUUCUCUCUCAUUCUGAUGCCCGGUUUGAUCAUCAGAAGUUUGUUGGAAGUUAAGGAAUACUAUCCGUAGUGCUCGUGUGCCAGGGCUCUUGUUCAAGGGCCUUUCCGCAUGGAGUUUGCAUGUUCUCACCCACAGUCCAAAAAACAUGCACAUUUGGGAUUUAGACAAAUUGGACACUCUAAAUUCACCAUGAGAGUGAAUGGUUGUUUGUCUCUAUGUGUCCCCUGUGAUGGACUGGCGAUCUGUCCAGGGUGUAAACCCGCCUUUUGCCCUUUGUCAGCUGAGAUUGGCACAGCGACCCUUAUGUCAUGGAUGGACUAGUUGAACCAGUGUACCUAAUAAAGUGUCCUGUGAGUGUA